AUGUCUUCAUCUGUUCAUUUCAAAUUCAAGUCCCAGAAAGAGCCCUCAAGGGUCACCUUUGAUGGCACUGGUAUUUCGGUCUUUGAACUCAAAAGAGAGAUUAUCAGCCAAAGUAGAUUGGGCGAUGGGAGUGACUUUGAGCUAUCAAUCUACAAUGAAGACACUAGAGAGGAAUACGACGAUGACACCACCAUUAUCCCUCGGUCCACAUCGGUGAUUGCUCGCAGAUUGCCCGCCGCGCGCCCUGGCAAGGGCGGUGCCGCUCGUUAUGUCUCAGGCAAGAUGCCAAUCAAUGCCCGUAUUGCCCCCCGCAACGAAACCUCGACGACCAGAGUGCUGCCCGGGACUGGACAAUCGGUGAACAACAAUGUCCUCGAACUCAACAAUGCGCAGACAGAAGAAGAGAAGAUCAAUGCCCUCUUCAACCUGCAGGCGAGUCAAUGGCAGGAACAACAGCAAGAAAUGGCAAACGCAACACCCGUGCCGUUUGGCCGUGGCAGGGGCAAACCUGUCAAUGUACCCGAUCAUCCGCCGCCACCCGGAUAUCUCUGCUAUCGUUGCCGGGAAAAGGGUCAUUGGAUUCAAGCAUGCCCAACGAACAAUGACCCCAAGUUCGAUGGCAAAUACAGAGUGAAGCGAUCAACUGGUAUUCCACGUUCACUCCAAACCAAAGUCGACAAACCGGAAUCCUUGGCGCCCGAUGGCUCUACCGAAGAUUCAAGGAACACAGGUGUCAUGGUGAAUGCUGAUGGUGACUUUGUUAUUGCAAAACCGGAUAAGGCAGCCUGGGAGUUGUACCAAGAAAAGGCCAAGGCAUCGGCGGCCGCGGCGGCCGAAGCAGCUGCUGCUGAGGAGAGCAAGGCGUUACAAGCUCGAGGUUUGGAAUGCCCAAUUGACAAGAGGAUGUUCCUAGAGCCAACAAAGACACCGUGUUGCCAGCGGACGUAUUGCAAUGAUUGUAUUUCCAAUGCUCUGAUUGAAAGUGACUUUGUUUGCCCUGGAUGUUCCACAGAGGGUGUUUUACUGGAUAACCUUACCCCGGAUGAUGAAUCUGCUUCCAAAAUUAAGGUAUAUGAAGCCGAGAAGGCGGAAGCCAAAAAGGAAAAGGAAAAGAACCCCAGCGGGCUGGAUGGCACGCCUGUGCCAGAAACCUCUGAAUCAGAGCCCAAAGUCCCAGUGAACAAAGAACAGAGCCCAGCCAAUCAAUCCCAAGAGAAUCUGCCCACGCAAUCGAAGAAGCGACCCGCUGAGGAUGAACCGGCUAAUCAAGAUGAAAGCGGCUCAGAGCCCGGUAAUGUGGCAAAGAAACAAAAGGCCGACGAGCAAACCGACACUCCAGACCAAGACAAUAUUGCCAAAGAUGGCACUCCGGCCGCCCCAGCCAACUUCAAUUCCGAGAUGCCUUUCAAUGGUUUUGGACCAAUGCAGGGUAUGCCCAUGAUGCCUUUCUCCGGUCCUGGAUUUGGCAAUGAUGCUAUGGGGUUCAUGAACCCAAUGGCCAUGGCAGCUCCCAAUGGGUUCCCCAAUAGCAUGGGUCCGGGAUGGAACCCAAUGAACAUGCCCUUCAACCCUCUACAAGCUGGGAUGUUCGACCAGGGCAGUGGAAUGACCAACGGAUUCCCCAAUAUGUUCAAUGGUGAUCCAUCGAUGAUGUUCCCAAUGCAGAAUGGAUUCCAAGGGCAGCCUGGGAUGAAUAAUUUUUCCAACCAACAACGAACCACUUUCAGUACCCCUUACUCCAGAGAAGAAGAUUCCCCCUAUUUCCGACAGCCCGUGAAUCCCCAACGUCACCAAGCAAGAAACAGAAGAGUUCGACCCAGUGAUUAUCGAGAACUUUGA